CUUUAAAAAGGCUGCCAUGCCGUCCUCGUCUUCCUCACCCUUCGCAUUUGUUCCGUUCGCUCUGGUUCCUCAUUUUAUGCUUUGGCUGAAUUGGGAUUUGUUAGCUUUGGAGUUAUAGCUAGGGUUUCGUCUUCGGAUAUAGAGAGUUUUGAAUUACAAUAGGAAGAUUUGAAGAGAAUGGCAACAGAUGGCCAGGCGAGCAACAUGGACAAUAACUUGGCUAAUGGCAGCAGUGUUGCCGCCAGCGCCCAGCCUCCUCGACGGGGUGUGUUGCCGAGGAUCCAGACGAGGAUAACAACAAUGGCUGCAAGCAAGCCGUAUAAGGCAGAGAACAAUAUCUGCCAUGACGAUAGUUCACGACCUGUGAAAGCUCAGACCAUAGAUGAGCUGCAUUCACUGCAAAAGAAGAGGUCUGCUCCUAGUACACCAAUCAAACAGGAAGUCACCGCCCAGUCCCCCACUGCCUUUUCUACUAUAUCUGAAGAAGAGCGCCAGAGGCUCCAGCUCCAAUCCAUCAGUGCUUCAUUGGCAUCGCUGACGAGGGAGAGUGGUCCAAAGGUGGUAAAGGGAGACCCUAAGAGGAAGUUAGAAACCCCCAAAGCACAUGAACAACACCACCAGUACUUCACUCCAAACAUCAGUACUAGUGACAGUGCCUUGAAGUUCACUCAUAUCCUCUACAACCUCUCACCUGCUGAACUCUAUGAACAAGCUAUAAAGUAUGAACAUGGAUCAUUCAUAACAUCAAGUGGGGCUUUGGCAACAUUAUCCGGUGCAAAGACAGGUCGUUCUCCCAGAGAUAAGAGGGUUGUUAUUGAUGAGAACACAACAGAUGAGCUGUGGUGGGGAAAAGGUUCCCCCAAUAUUGAGAUGGACGAGCACACUUUCUUGGUGAACAGAGAAAGAGCUGUUGAUUACCUGAAUUCCUUGGAUAAGGUAUUUGUGAAUGAUCAGUUCCUUAAUUGGGACAGUGAAAAUCAAAUUAAAGUCAGGAUUGUCUCUGCAAGGGCAUAUCACUCCCUCUUUAUGCAUAACAUGUGCAUUCGGCCAACACCUGAAGAACUGGAGAACUUUGGUACUCCGGACUUCACUAUUUAUAACGCGGGGCAAUUUCCCUGCAAUCGAUACACCCAUUACAUGACAUCAUCCACAAGCAUAGACAUAAACUUGGCUAGGAAGGAAAUGGUUAUUCUGGGCACCCAAUAUGCUGGAGAGAUGAAGAAAGGGCUCUUCAGUGUAAUGCACUAUCUCAUGCCCAAGCGAGGCAUACUCUCCUUGCACUCUGGCUGUAACAUGGGCAAGGACGGUGAUGUUGCCCUCUUCUUUGGCCUCUCUGGUACUGGCAAGACAACUCUGUCCACUGACCACAACAGGUUGCUCAUUGGUGAUGAUGAGCAUUGCUGGAGUGAUAAUGGUGUCUCCAACAUUGAGGGUGGUUGCUAUGCCAAAUGCAUCGAUCUUUCGCACGAGAAGGAACCCGAUAUCUUCAAUGCCAUUAAGUUCGGCGCCGUGUUGGAGAAUGUUGUCUUUGAUGAGCACACCCGCGAAGUAGACUAUAGUGAUAAAUCAGUGACAGAGAACACUCGAGCUUCCUACCCUAUUGAGUACAUUCCAAACGCGAAGAUACCUUGUGUGGGCCCACAUCCCAAAAAUGUGAUACUCUUGGCUUGCGAUGCUUUCGGGGUACUUCCUCCUGUGAGCAAGCUAACCAUGGCGCAAACAAUGUACCACUUCAUCACAGGCUACACUGCUUUGGUGGCUGGGACAGAGGAUGGCAUCAAGGAGCCACAGGCCACCUUCUCUGCUUGCUUUGGUGCAGCCUUCAUCAUGCUCCAUCCAACCAAAUAUGCUGCCAUGUUGGCUGAGAAAAUGAAAAAGUACGGUGCAACCGGGUGGCUUGUCAACACCGGCUGGUGCGGUGGAAGGUAUGGAGUUGGGAGCCGCAUCAAAUUGCCCUACACUCGAAAUAUCAUCAAUGCUAUCCAUUCUGGUGUCCUUUUGAAUACCGAGUACACCAAAACUGAGGUCUUUGGGCUUGAGAUUCCUACUGUGGUCGAAGGAGUGCCUUCAGAGAUCCUCAAUCCUAUGAAUGCCUGGGAGAACAAGAAAGUCUACAAGGAAACUCUGUUGAAGCUGGCUGGUUUGUUCAAACAAAAUUUUGAGGUGUUUUCGAAAUACAAAAUUGGGUCGGAUAACAAGCUGACAGAAGAAAUUCUAGCUGCUGGCCCCAAUAUCUGA